AGAGCUUCUUUGACGUUGUCCAAUACACUCCAAAUACCUUGUUUUGUCUUUUUCUUUCUUUUACAACUUGUAAUAAUAACACAUUUAUAACUACUGGGUUGCAAAAUACUUAACGAUCACAACAACACUUCUCUCUCUCUAGCUCUCUCUUUCUCUCCCUCUCCCUCUCUAUCUCUACGAUGGGCAUUAUAGAUCAUAAGAGCAAGAAAGAAGAAGAACAGUACCCAAUGAUCUCAAAGCCCUUGAGAUUUAUUCUCUUACAAAAGGGAAGUUAUGUCUUAAGCUCACUCUUCUUUGUAUUCGGUUUCUCGGUCGGUCUCUUCCUUUGUCUGCAACUAAAAGCCGUACACAUGUCUACGACGACGACACAACGACAACCCUUAUGGUCUACAUUACUAUUCAACCAUACCACAACGAUGGACAUCAAACAAGAGUUGCAACUAAAAACACUUCAACACAACAUGAGUGAUCAAGAACUCUUCACCAAGGUCUCGUCAUUAUCAUCACCAACAUCAUCAUCGUCAUCAUGGUUAGGGAGGAGACAUAAUAAUGAUGGGAAGAUGGUUGUGAAGGUGGCUUUCAUGUUCAUGACAGGUGGCAGACUCCCAUUGGCUGGCUUGUGGGAGAAGUUCUUUGAAGGACAUGAAGGGUUUUAUUCCAUAUAUGUCCAUACUAAUCCAUCCUUUCAAGAUUCUUUCCCAGAAACUUCCAUCUUCUACUCAAGAAGAAUCCCAAGCCAGCCGGUAUAUUGGGGAACAUCAUCAAUGGUAGACGCAGAGAAAAGACUCUUAGCCAACGCACUUCUAGACGAAUCGAACCAAAGAUUCGUCCUCCUGUCCGAUUCUUGCAUUCCACUCUACAAUUUCACAACAAUCUACGAUUACUUAACCGGCACCAAUCUCAGCUUCAUUGGCUCGUUCGACGACCCAAGAAAAUCCGGUAGAGGCCGUUACAAUCACAAAAUGUAUCCACAAAUCAACAUCACACAUUGGAGAAAAGGAUCACAAUGGUUUGAAACAACUAGAGAACUUGCUCUUCAUAUUAUCGCAGACACGGUUUACUACAGAGUAUUCGAUGAACAUUGUAAACCGCCUUGUUACAUGGACGAGCAUUAUAUCCCAACUCUUGUUCACAUGUUGCAUGGGGAGAUGAGCGCUAACCGGACCUUGACGUGGGUUGAUUGGUCCAAAGCCGGUCCACAUCCUGGCCGGUUUAUUUGGCCUGAUAUAACCGAUGAGUUUCUUAACCGAAUCCGGUUUAAGGAGGAGUGUGUCUAUUAUGGCCGUGGUGGAGAGAAUGUUACAACUUCCAAGUGUUUUUUAUUUGCGAGGAAAUUUACAGCCGAAACAUUAGAGCCUUUGUUAAGAAUUUCGCCAAUAGUUCUUGGAUUUGGUCCAUAGUUACAUUCUUUUUUCAAUUAGUAAAUAUUAUG